UCCCAGUCCGACCUCCCCUUUUUGAUAGUUUGGGGUUUAAAUUUUGCUUAUAUUCUUAUCUUAUUUCACAAAUUUCUAGAAAAUUGUUGAAAAAAAAAUUUUAACCCAAAUCUUUGAUCUUUCUGCUUGCAAUUAGGAUCAAGCGCUUCAGUUUUUUUUAUUUUUUAUCGGUGCUGGUUCAUUGCGGCAACAGGCAUUUUUGGCAGUUUAGAAAAUAUGGGACUAUGCUUCUCUAAGGGGAACCGAGCUGAUUCCGACCAGCAUGUUGAGUUUGUUGGUGGAAACGUGCAACCUGUUACUUCCAAAGAGGAUUGGGAUCAAAAGUUGUCUGAAGCAAAGAGAGAUGGCAAGAUUGUAAUUGCAAACUUCAGUGCAGCAUGGUGUGGACCUUGUAGAAUGCUCGCACCAUUUUAUUGCGAGCUCUCAGAGAAGCAUCCUUCUCUGAUGUUCUUGUUGGUAGAUGUCGAUGAACUAACUGAAUUCAGCAGCUCGUGGGAUAUACAAGCGACCCCAACGUUCUUCUUUCUUAAAGACGGGCAGCAAAUCGACAAGCUUGUUGGAGCAAACAAGCCGGAGUUGCAGAAGAAGAUUACUGCCGUUUUAGAUUCUGUGAAGUGAAAUUGUGGUGGUUGCUGUUUCAUAAUGUAAUCAGUGAAGAUUUUCUUCUUUUAAUUUUUGAUGUUGUGAGCUUAAGCUGCUUGUUUAUGUAUACAUGCAUAUAUGAUAUAUCUGAUAUUUGUAUAUGUAUAAGGUGUUUUUUUUCUCCCUUUCUUUUGCAAUGCCUUUUCUUGUCCUUGUAAGAAUGAAUUAAUGGUUGAUGUAACUCUCCUUAUGGUUGCAUGACAUUCAUCCAAAAUCCAAAAGUUGUUUU